GUCAGCCGGAGCCUGGAGCCCAGGGAGCCGGCAACUCGCAGUCCCUGUCCCAUGGCUGGGUCUCCCCGCCGCGCCGCAGGCCGGCGGCUGCUGCUGCCCCUGCUGUGCCUCUUCUUCCAGGGCGCCACCGCCAUCCUCUUUGCCGUCUUCGUCCGCUACAACCACGAAACCGACGCUGCCCUCUGGCACUGGGGCAACCACAGCAGUGCGGCCAAUGAAUUUUACUUUCGCUACCCAAGCUUCCAGGAUGUGCACGUCAUGAUCUUCGUGGGCUUCGGCUUCCUCAUGGCCUUCCUGCAGCGAUACGGCUUCAGCAGUGUGGGCUUCACCUUCUUCCUGGCUGCCUUUGCCCUGCAGUGGUCCACACUGAUUCAGGGCUUUCUCCAUGCCUUCCAUGGUGGCCACAUCCAUGUUGGCGUGGAGAGCAUGAUCAACGCUGACUUCUGUGCUGGGGCUGUGCUCAUCUCCUUUGGUGCCGUCCUGGGCAAGACAGGGCCUGCACAGCUGCUGCUCAUGGCCCUGCUGGAGGUGGUGCUGUUCGGUGUCAACGAGUUUGUGCUUCUCGGUCUCCUGGGGGUAAGAGUCUGGGCAGGGCUGGGUGUGGGGUGGUCAGUGCCAGGCUGGGGGCUGCUGUCCAGCUGUGUUCCACCCCCGCAGGUGCGGGAUGCAGGCGGCUCCAUGACUAUCCACACGUUUGGUGCCUACUUCGGGCUGGUCCUCUCACGGGUCCUCUACAGGCCCCGGCUGGAGAAGAGCAAGCACCGUCAGGGCUCUGUCUACCACUCAGACCUCUUCGCCAUGAUUGGGACCAUCUUCCUGUGGAUCUUCUGGCCCAGCUUCAAUUCUGCACCCACGUCGCUGGGGGACGGGCAGCAUCGGACGGCCCUCAACACAUACUACUCCCUGACCUCGAGCACCCUCAGCACCUUCGCCUUGUCAGCCCUCGUCAGCAGGGAUGGGCGGCUCGACAUGGUCCACAUCCAGAAUGCAGCGCUGGCCGGAGGGGUUGUAGUGGGGACAUCAAGUGAAAUGAUGCUGACACCUUUUGGGGCUCUGGCAGCUGGCUUCUUGGCUGGGAUGGUCUCCACACUGGGGUACAAGUUCUUCACGCCCAUCCUUGAAUCAAAAUUCAAAGUCCAAGACACAUGUGGUGUCCACAACCUCCAUGGGAUGCCAGGGAUCCUGGGGGCCCUCGUGGGGGUCCUUGUGGCUGGGCUGGCCACCCAUGAAGCUUAUGGAGAUGGCCUGAAGAAUGUGUUUUCACUCAUAGCUGAGGGCCAGCGCAGUGCCACGUCACAGGCCAUGCACCAGCUGUUUGGGCUGUUUGUCACACUGAUAUUUGCCUCUGUGGGUGGGGGCCUUGGAGGGCUCCUGCUGAAGCUGCCCUGCCUGGACUACCCCUCAGACUCCCAGUGCUACGAGGACCAGGUUUACUGGGAGGUGCCUGGGGAGCAUGAGGAUACAGCCCAGGAGCCUCUGAGGGUGGAGGAACCCGACACUCAGGCCUAACCUGCUGCCAGCCCGAGAGGAUGUGCUCCUUUUAGAGGAUGAUUGGCCACUAUUAGGAAGUCCUUUUCUAGCUCCCAUUCCUCCUGCUGCAAGAAAGGAGUCAUGAGCUAGAAGCAGCCUCCUUCUGUAGGCAGUGUCUCCACAGGAGAGGGACGGUAGAAGAUUGGGAGAUACUAUGUGUGGGGGGGAGACUAUAACUUGGGGGGAAAACCUCACGAGCGCCCCACCCACUGCCCUCCCAGCCCACAUGUAUGGGUAGAAGAGCCCAAGGUGUGAGGCACCCAAGUGACUGCUGAUCCACUGACCCAGCAUCACACAGUCACAGCGAAGCCCAAGCCAGGCCUGGCUCUCUGAGGGCAAUAAACACCACUGUUACUAAGGA